CGUCCAUCGUCUUCCCUGCAUUUUAGUUGAAGAUUAGAGGCAGCGUCUCCAUCUCAGUUCCUCUGUCUCUAUACCUUCGCUUUUAAUCAACACAAAUCUCCAUGGAUUACCUUAAUUUGAUUAUGAUGCCUUCAAAGAAACUUGCUCAGUUUAAUCCCCCAUUUCGUUUCUUUCUCAAACGUAUUACAGAAGACUAUUCCUCGUGGCAAUAUGCUUCCCUUCAGGAUUUUUCUUCUCACCUACCUCUUCUCUGCCUUCCGAUUAGUUCGACAAUACGUUUUCAGAUUUCAGAAAGAUGGCCAAAGAAGUGAGCUUCUGGAGAAUAAUCGAGUCGAUUAUAAAACCUCCGGAUUUUCGGAGAAGGGGAGUAAUGAAAUGGAAAUGGACAUGGAUGAUGAAAACAAUGGGAAAACGGGGAAUUCUGUUUUGUGCUCUGUUUCUGUGGAAACUAGCUCAUCCUUUAAAAUGAGAAAUUGUGAUUUUACUUGUGGAAGAAAAGAAUUUGACAUGGGUAAUGUUGAUUCUGCUCUUUCUUGCAUUCAACCCACAACUUUGGGUAUAGUUUCUAAGGGAAGAAAUUCAGGUAGCUUGAAAAGUAGUGGCGAAAUUAUUGAUGUUGACUCAAAAAAUAAUGCUUCCAAUGUGUUUGAUCAAUUGCCUGAACCAGAAGUUCAAGUGCUUUGGGAAGAUUAUCCCGUUUUGUCUGAUUCAGAAUCUGCUGGGGACUCAACCAAUGCCUCCCCAAAAAUCAAUCAUGAUCAGGUUGAUGAUUCAUCUUGCAAAGAGACCAAUACUGAGGAAAAUAAGCAACUUGACUCUCUCAAUAAUCUGGCUCAGAAAGAGGAAGAAUCUGUCAACGUUUCAGAGAAAUCAACAGAAACAAUUUUGCUGGAAAAGAACUCCAUUUUAAAUUAUGGUCACCGGUAUGAGCUAAACUAUCUACCAGAUCAUCAGGAUAUAGUACAUCAGCUUGAAAUGGAGCUGAAAAAUGCAAGAACUGGAGGGCUUCCAACAAUUUUUGAAGAGGAAACUGAGAAAGCAGAAACAAUUAAUGAAAAAUUUAAGUAUGAAGAAAUAAUGGGAGAGAUACAAAAGGUCUACAGGACUUAUGCAGAGAAAAUGUGGAAACUUGAUGUCUUAAACAAUCAGAGUAUGCAUGCCAUUGGUUUGCUGCAGCUGCAAUAUCCUCUGCAAUCAGUUUUGGCACAGAACUCAUAUAACGCCCCAAUAUGGUUGGGAAAAGCUCGGAGGCUGGGAGCUGAUCCAAGACUUGAAUUCGUAGAAGAUUUACUUAGGGACAUAGAACUGGUGUACGUAGGACAAGUUUGUCUUUCCUGGGAAAUUCUGCAAUGGCAGCUUAGGAAAUCCAUUGACCUGCAACGACAUGACUCGCAAGGCAUUCGUCAUUAUAACCAAGUUGCUAGUGAGUUCCAACUUUUUCAAGUUAUACUGAAAAGAUUCAUGGAGGAAGAAAGGUUUCAGGGCAACAGGGUUGAAAACUAUGUCCAAAACCGCUGUGUAUUUCAUUCUCUUCUGCUAGUUCCACCCGUCAAAGAUGAUGGUUCUGGUGAAGCUGAAGGAAGAGAAUGGGAACACGAGGAUGGCUUUUCCAGUAAUCUUGUAACAGAAAUCAUAGAGAAAUCAAUGUGGGUUUUCUAUGAAUUUCUUCUUUCUGAUAAAGAUGAUGUUAAAAGUAUCCUGAAAAUGAACAGAAAGCAUCAGAUUGAACUUCAAAAUAUAGAAAAUCCACAGCUUUUGCUGGUCAACAUACAAGCUCGGUUUCUGAAGGCAGAGAGAAAGCUGAAAAACCUUAUGAGAGGCAGCAAUAGAUGUUCUGUAGAGAAGUUGGGAAAACAAGAGGAAGCUGGACUGAGCUAUUCAUUAAUACUUCUUAUUGCUCAGGUUGACCUCAAAUUGAUUUCAAGAGUGCUGAGAAUGACAAGAUUGACUGUCAACCAAUUAUUAUGGUGCAAUGAAAAACUUGAUCAGCUUGCAUUUAUUAACCGAAAGCUAUCUCUAGGGUUUAGAUGGAUAUUCUCUCAGUUUCUGCACCAUUUUAUGGUGAGGAGGAAGCGUUUCCUUAAUCAGAGGAUGGGCCUUCAAUGCAUCCACCCAUGAGAAAAAAUCAGGGUUUCUUUUUGAGUCAAUUACAUCUCCAACAACCUCACGCAGUGCCAAAUAGUUGCAAGCAUUAGGCCCUACAACUAUAUCAAGAAGUCCCAAGUUUUUCCCUUGGUAAAAGGGAAACUUUCCAGGAAAAUAUUUCUUCAUUCCUUCUUCAAAUACCCUUAUCAGUUUUGAUUGUUCCUCAACAGCUCUCUCUCUUUCUUCUCCUUUGGAUUUGAGGAUGGGCAAGGCGCCUAAGAGAAUCUGAAUAUCAUAAAAACAGAGCAUUCCGUUGAAUUGUG